UUCCCAGCGGAGCCCCGCGCCCCGGGCUCCCAGUCUCCAGACCUCCUGUCACCAGCCCCCCGCAGCCACCGCGCCCUCGGGCGCGCACGACGAGCCGGUGAGGGCCGCUCCGUGGCUUGGCGCCUUCUCCCAGCGCGGGGCCGGCGCCCAAGUCCUGCACCCUCCGGCGGGACACGCCGGACCCUUUUUCUGAGCCGCCCGGGAGUCUCAGAAGCCCAGACCGUGGAGGAGGUGAGCUUGGAGUUUCGGCUGCGAGCCGGCUACCCCUCGCCGGUCCGCCCCGCAGGUCAAGGCCAACUCCGGGAAGAUGUACCCGAGCCUGGCAUUGGCCCCAAGCCCCGGCCAGGCUACCUACGCAGACUCAGGCGCCUUUCUGCACGCACCAGGCGCCGGCUCCCCGGUGUUCGUGCCGCCGGCGCGCGUCCCCUCUAUGCUGCCCUACCUGCCGGCGUGUGAGCCCGGCCCGCAGCCCUCCGCGCUCGCCGCGCACCCCGGGUGGGUGCAGGCGGCCUCGGCGGACUCGUCGGCCUUCGUCUCCGGCAGCCCGCACCCGCCAGCCUCCCAGCCGGCCGGAGCCACCUCCUUCUCCUUUGCGCACAGCCCCCCGGGGCCGGGCGGCGGUGGCGGCGCGGGAGGCCGGGACGGCGGCGCCUACCACGGCGCACUGCUGGCUCGCGACCCGUACCCGGCCCCGCUCGGGCGGCCUGUGGGCGCCUCAUACCCCACCGCGUACCCGGCCUACGUGAGCACCGAGGUGGCCCCGUCCUGGGCCUCCGGACCCUUCGAGGGCAGCGUUCUGCACAGCCUCCAGGGCCGGCCGGCGGGCCUUCCUGGCCGAAGAGCCACCUUGGUGUCUGACUUCUUGGAGGAGUUCCCUGGUGAAGGUCGAGAGUGUGUCAACUGCGGGGCCCUGUCCACGCCGCUCUGGCGCCGGGAUGGCACCGGCCACUACCUGUGCAAUGCCUGCGGCCUCUACCACAAGAUGAACGGAGUCAACCGGCCGCUGGUGCGGCCCCAGAAGCGCCUGUCCUCGACCCGCCGUGCCGGCCUCUGCUGCACCAACUGCCACACGACCACCACCACGCUGUGGCGGCGCAACGCAGAUGGCGAGCCCGUGUGCAAUGCCUGCGGGCUCUACACCAAGCUGCACGGGGUGCCCCGGCCCCUGGCAAUGAAGAAGGAAAGCAUCCAGACUCGGAAAAGGAAGCCUAAGAAUGUUGCCAAGACCAAGGGCCCCUCAGGGUGCCCAGGGAACACCACAGCCUCCCAGCCGUCCUCCAUCCCCACCCCUGAGAGCUCAGCAGCCACUCUGAAACCCAGGCCCAACCCGGCAUCCCCUUCUUGCCCUGAGCCCUGCGUCACCUCCCAGGCCUCCAGCCAGGUAGACGACCCCCUGGCUCCCAGCCACUUGGAGUUCAAAUUCGAGGCUGAAGACUUCCCCCUCCCCUCCAUGGCCCUGGGCUCCCAAGCUGGACUGGGAGGGGCCCUGCGCCAGGAGGCCUGGUGUGCACUGGCCUUGGCCUAGAUUCCCAGUCACCCACCAGACCCACCUCGUGAUUUGCGUUGCUUCAGCACAAGGGACAGCCCACUGGGCCACCUACCAGGAGAGACAGCAGCCAGCAGGAUCUCGAGGCACUGGGCCUGCAGCGGAGAGGCCUGGACAGAUGGCAGUCAGGCCCCAGAGUGGGGUGAAGGCCUUGGGGACAGAGGCCCGUGCCUCCCCAAUAAGGGACCCCCCAAAUGCUGCACGAGGCUUCACACCACUCUGAACAGGGGUGCCUACCGCCAACCUGAAUUCUGUUGUCAACACUUGCCACUGCCAUGUUUACAGGUGGCAGCUGCUGGGAAAAACUCAACCUUUUGUUGUGAAACCAGGAUCACAGACAGAAUGGCCAAGGCCAGGAAGACACCUCUCCUCUAAGCGCAGGACUGCCAGGGGCAGGUGUGCAGGCCAUGCAGGCGCCACCCCCCCGCCCCGCACCGCCACACCGGGGGAAGCCCUGCACCUCACCAUCCUCGCAGACAGUAAAGACCUUGUUCUGGUUGAAUCUGUGUGUGAGCAUCUCUGACAGGCAGAGUGAAGUACCUGAGCCUUUUCCGACCCACCGGCUGCUGGGGUGAGCGCACAUCCAGGCUUGUCUGUUGUCCCAGCAGAAUUACCUGUCAUACCCCCUUCCUCCUGCAAAAGUCCUUCGCAGGUCGGGUGGUUACCAGUAAGUUGGUCCUGCCAGCUAGACACAGCUCUGCCCACGGGAGCUGAUGGGUGGCUACUAACAGCUUAAUGUUGGAGGCAACAGGGAGUGGAGGGGAGUGGGGCACAGCCGGCCGAGGGCCGUGGCACUUGUACCCAGAUGCUACUUUAACCAACAAGACCUCCUGGUUUUCCCAGGGAAGCCAGAAACUGGAAUUUUAAAAAAAAAUGUAAAGUCUUCCAAUUAAAAGCUUCUUUCCCCAACUCGCAACUUGAUUCAAACCAGCUGCCAGAAUGUCCGCUCACCUACAGCCCACUUUCCACACGCAUUCCUUUUUUAUUUUCUUUUUUUAAGACAAACAAGGCCAUAAGAAAAUAUGUAAAAUAAAGACCUUGAUUUUGC